GAUGCGGGUAGGAGGAUAAAGCGAUGAAGUGUGCUGCGUUACAGUGCAUCAGGCGCUGUUGUUGGAGCUGCAAUACGGUGCGUCUCUGACUCAACCGGCCUUCUCGCUCACAUAGUCACGGAUCCGCGAGCCACCGCUCGCCCCGGGCACCUGGAGUGCGGCAAGAACGGCUGGACACCCGAAUACCCCCGGCAGGUCCCCUGCUCCCGGCGCGCCCUGCAGGGCACUUGCGCCCCCGGCUCUAAUCUGCGUGCUGACGGGAGCAUGAUCUGUGCCCAGGCAGGGGCUGACAAGAAUCUGUACCAGAACAGGUUUUUGGGCCUGGCCGCCAUGGCAUCUCCAUCUAGAAACUCCCAGAACCGACGCCGUUGCAAGGAGCCUCUCCGUCACAGCUACAACCCCAGCCAGUUCCACAGCAUGGCUAUCAGGACGGGCCCCCAUGGCACUGUCACCAUCCCCCGCUCCACCAGUGACACCGACCUGGUCACCUCAGACAGCCGCUCCACUCUCAUGGUCAGCAGCUCCUACUACUCCAUAGGGCACUCGCAAGACUUGGUUAUUCACUGGGAUAUAAAGGAGGAAGUGGAUGCUGGAGACUGGAUCGGAAUGUAUCUCAUUGAUGAGGUCUUAUCGGAAAACUUUCUGGACUAUAAGAACCGUGGAAUUAAUGGUUCUCAUCGGGGCCAGAUCAUCUGGAAGAUUGAUGCCAGCUCUUACUUUAUGGAACCUGAAACUAAGAUAUGCUUCAAAUACUACCAUGGAGUGAGUGGAGCCCUGCGAGCUACCACCCCCAGUGUCACAGUCAAAAAUUCAGCAGCUCCUAUUUUUAAAAGCAUUGGCUCUGAUGAGACUGCCCAGGGGCAAGGAAAUCGGAGGCUGAUCAGCUUUUCUCUCUCAGAUUUCCAGGCCACGGGUUUGAAGAAAGGGAUGUUUUUCAACCCAGAUCCUUACCUGAAGAUUUCCAUUCAGCCUGGGAAGCACAGCAUCUUCCCCGCCCUCCCUCACCAUGGACAGGAGAGGAGAUCUAAGAUCAUAGGCAACACCGUGAAUCCCGUCUGGCAUGCUGAGCAAUUCAGCUUUGUGUCAUUGCCCACUGAUGUGCUGGAAAUUGAGGUGAAGGACAAGUUUGCCAAGAGCCGCCCUAUCAUCAAGCGCUUCUUGGGAAAGCUUUCGAUGCCAGUUCAGAGACUCCUGGAAAGACACGCUAUAGGGGAUAGAGUGGUCAGCUACACACUUGGACGCAGGCUUCCAACAGAUCAUGUUAGUGGACAGCUGCAAUUCCGAUUUGAGAUCACUUCCUCCAUCCACCCAGAUGAUGAAGAGAUUUCCCUGAGUAUGGAAGCUGAGUCAGCAGAAAUUCAGGACAGUCCCAUGAACAACCUGGUGGCAAGCAGCCAUGGGGAGCCUCUUCACUAUGUACCAGAGUCCCUCGGGAGCUUGAAGCCAGAGCAGCCAAGGGAGGGCAGUGCUGUGGACACUGUCCAGAAGGAGAGUCUGGAGCUUGCCAAACUGGUAGAGGAAGAGGCAGGUACCAUUGAGGCAGGAGGCGACCACACAGUCUCUAUGGGACCUGACAAGGCUGGAGAGACCUCGGGCCUGGGGCAAGAAGACAUCCUGAGUGAGGAAGAGCUAGCCAAGGGGCUGGACCUGGGAAGGGAGUUACCUCCACCAGGGCUGCUGGAGGACAAUGAAACUCCAGGCAGCAAUGGGGAUCCUGUGGCAGAGGAAGUGUUAACAGAGAGCUUGGCUAGGGGGCAGGAGGAGGAAAAGAGACAAGAAGAGGAGCAGGAUGUGUCUACCCUUGGGCAGCUGGAGGACAGCCUGCAGCUGCGCGCCUCAGUGAAGAGAAAGAGCAGGCCGUGCUCUUUGCCUGUGUCGGAGCUGGAGACCGUGAUUGCAUCCUCCUGCGGCAACCCAGAGACCCCACGGACACACUACAUUCGCAUCCACACCCUCCUGCACAGUAUGCCCUCGGCUCAGGGCAGCAGCGCCACAGACAAUAACAGUGCUGAGGAAGAGUCCACCUUCAAGAACACCUCUGAGAAGGAUGGGCUCAGUGAGGUAGACACGGUAGCUGCUGAGCCACCUGCCCUGGAAGAGGGUAGAGAGGACCCGGAGGGGGCUACUCCUAGUAUGGUGCCCCCUACCCACUCCGGUUUAGCCAACAGCCCGGUCCCUGAUGGUGACCUGCUCCCAAGCACCGGGAGUGAGAGCGACUCCAGCCCCAGGCAAGGCGGGGACCACAACUGUGAAGGCUGUGACAUGUCCUGUUGUAGCCCCUCCUGCUACAGCUCCUCGUGCUACAGCACAUCUUGCUACAGCAGCUCUUGCUAUAGCGCCUCUUGCUACAGCCCCUCCUGCUACAAUAGUAGCAGGUUCGCCAGUCAUACUCGUUUCUCCUCCGUGGACAGUGCCAAGAUCUCCGAGAGCACCGUCUUCUCCUCGCAAGAUGAUGAUGAGGAGGAGAACAGCGCGUUCGAGUCGGUGCCCGACUCCGUGCAGAGCCCGGAGCUGGACCCAGAAUCUCUAAAUGGACCUGGGCCAUGGCAAGACCAGCCAGCAACCCCUGCUGGGAGCAUGGCAAGAGCCACUGACCGUCUGGAGUUCCCCAUGGCAGGGCCAAGCAAUCGGAGAGAAGGUGAAAGUCCUAUACUCCAUAAUUCCCAGCCAGUAAGCCAACUUCCUUCCUUGAGGCCUGAGCAUCAUCACUACCCAACAAUCGAUGAGCCUCUUCCACCAAACUGGGAAGCUCGUAUUGACAGCCAUGGGCGGGUCUUUUAUGUGGACCAUGUUAACCGUACAACCACCUGGCAGCGUCCAACAGCACCAGCCACUCCUGAUGGGAUGCAGAGAUCAGGGUCCAUCCAGCAGAUGGAGCAACUCAACAGGCGGUAUCAAAAUAUUCAGCGAACCAUUGCAGCAGAGAGGCCUGAAGAAGAUUCUGGUAGCCAAAGUUGUGAGCAAGCCCCAGCAGGAGGCACCGGAGGAGGCGGUGGGAGUGACUCAGAGGCUGAAUCUUCUCAGUCAAGCUUAGAUCUGAGGAGAGAAGGGUCACUUUCUCCAGUAAAUUCACAAAAAAUCACCUUGUUGCUGCAGUCCCCAGCAGUCAAGUUCAUCACCAAUCCGGAAUUCUUCACUGUGCUGCAUACCAAUUAUAAUGCCUACCGAGUCUUCACCAGUAGCACCUGCUUAAAGCAUAUGAUUCUGAAAGUCCGGCGGGACGCACGCAAUUUUGAACGCUACCAGCACAAUCGGGACUUGGUGAAUUUCAUCAACCUGUUUGCAGACACUCGGCUGGAAUUGCCCCGGGGCUGGGAGAUCAAAACAGACCAGCAGGGAAAGUCUUUUUUUGUGGACCACAACAGUCGAGCUACUACUUUCAUUGACCCCCGAAUCCCUCUUCAGAACGGCCGUCUUCCCAAUCAACUGACACAUCGACAACACCUCCAGAGACUCCGAAGUUACAGUGCUGGAGAGGCUUCAGAAGUCUCUAGAAACAGAGGAGCCUCUCUACUGGCCAAGCCAGGGCACAGCCUAGUAGCUGCUAUUCGAAGUCAGCAUCUGUAUGAGUCAUUGCCACUAGCAUAUAAUGACAAGAUUGUGGCAUUUCUUCGCCAGCCAAACAUUUUUGAAAUGCUACAAGAGCGUCAGCCAAGCUUGAUGAGAAACCACGCACUCAGGGAGAAAAUCCAUCACAUUCGGACUGAGGGUAAUCAUGGGCUUGAAAAGUUGUCCUGUGAUGCAGAUCUAGUUAUUUUGCUGAGUCUCUUCGAAGAAGAGAUUAUGUCCUACAUCCCCUUGCAGGCUGCCUUUCACCCUGGGUAUAGCUUCUCUCCCCGCUGUUCUCCCUGUUCUUCACCUCAGAACUCCCCAGGUUUACAGAGAGCCAGUGCAAGAGCCCCUUCACCCUACCGAAGAGAUUUUGAGGCCAAGCUCCGCAAUUUCUACCGAAAAUUGGAAGCCAAAGGAUUUGGUCAGGGUCCAGGGAAAAUUAAGCUUAUCAUUCGUCGGGACCACUUGUUGGAGGGAACCUUCAAUCAAGUGAUGGCCUAUUCCCGGAAAGAGCUCCAGCGAAACAAGCUCUAUGUCACCUUCGUUGGAGAGGAAGGCCUGGACUACAGUGGUCCUUCGCGAGAGUUCUUCUUCCUUUUGUCUCAGGAGCUCUUCAACCCUUAUUAUGGACUCUUUGAGUACUCUGCAAACGAUACUUACACAGUGCAGAUCAGCCCCAUGUCUGCAUUUGUGGAAAACCACCUAGAAUGGUUUAGGUUUAGUGGUCGUAUCCUAGGUCUGGCUUUGAUACAUCAAUACCUUCUUGACGCCUUCUUCACAAGACCCUUCUAUAAGGCACUCCUGAGACUGCCCUGCGAUUUGAGCGACUUGGAAUAUUUGGAUGAAGAAUUCCACCAGAGCUUGCAAUGGAUGAAGGACAACAACAUCACAGAUAUCCUAGACCUCACUUUCACCGUUAAUGAAGAGGUCUUUGGACAGGUAACGGAAAGGGAGUUAAAAUCUGGAGGAGCCAACACCCAGGUGACGGAGAAGAACAAGAAGGAGUACAUCGAGAGGAUGGUAAAGUGGCGAGUAGAACGUGGUGUGGUGCAGCAGACGGAGGCCCUUGUGCGGGGCUUCUAUGAGGUGGUAGACUCUAGGCUUGUCUCCGUGUUCGAUGCCAGGGAACUGGAGCUGGUGAUAGCUGGCACAGCAGAAAUUGACCUAAACGACUGGCGGAAUAACACUGAGUACCGGGGAGGUUAUCAUGAUGGUCAUCUUGUGAUCCGCUGGUUUUGGGCUGCAGUAGAGCGCUUCAAUAACGAGCAGAGAUUAAGAUUACUUCAAUUCGUCACAGGUACAUCAAGUGUGCCCUACGAAGGCUUCGCAGCCCUUCGAGGAAGCAAUGGGCUUCGGCGUUUCUGCAUAGAGAAAUGGGGGAAAAUUACUUCUCUCCCCAGGGCACACACAUGUUUCAAUCGACUGGAUCUUCCACCUUAUCCCUCAUACUCCAUGUUGUAUGAAAAGCUGUUAACAGCAGUAGAAGAAACCAGCACUUUCGGACUUGAAUAA